AGCGGCAACAAGUCUCACGUCAUAUAACUCGGAACUUGUCAGCUUUGUUUGCAAUUUUGUUUCUUUACUGAAAAAUUAGUUAAUUAUUUAAAAAAAAACGUACAAAUAAUUAAUUAAUUAGUGACAUGCCGGGUGAAACGAGCACUGCGAUGGAUAAGGAUAAACCGUACCAUCUUAAUCUGCCUUGGGUGGAAAAGUACCGUCCCCAACAUUUGGAUGAAUUGAUUUCGCACGAUGAAAUUAUCUCGACAAUUAAAAAAUUCAUCAGUGUCGAUAAGCUGCCCCACCUCCUCUUCUAUGGGCCUCCCGGGACUGGAAAAACGAGCACAAUUCUCGCCUGUGCGAAACAACUUUACGCUCCGAACGAGUUUAGUUCUAUGGUGCUCGAACUUAACGCAUCGGACGAUAGAGGAAUUGGAAUCGUUCGUGGACAAGUUUUAAACUUUGCGUCAACAAGGACAAUUUUCAAGUCAAAGUACAAACUCGUCAUUUUAGACGAGGCGGACGCGAUGACGAAUGAUGCUCAGAAUGCGUUACGGCGAGUUAUCGAAAAAUAUACUGAAAACGUCAGAUUCUGCAUAAUCUGCAAUUACCUAUCGAAAAUUAUUCCUGCUUUGCAAAGUCGUUGUACCCGAUUCCGGUUUGGGCCCCUGAAACCAAAACAGAUUCGUCCCCGACUCGCAGAAGUCGUUAAAAAAGAGAAUCUCGCUGUCAAUGAAGAAGGCACCAAAGCCCUCCUCAAACUUGGUGAAGGUGAUAUGCGAAAAAUCCUGAACAUUUUACAAAGUACUGCCCUCGCCUUUAGUGAUCCAGGAGGAUCCGGCGUUGGAAAUACCGUCACACUCACCGCAAACCAUUUCUACCUCUGCACCGGAGCCCCCCUCCCAGCCGACAUUGAUACGAUGGUGACCUGGAUGCUCACACUCGACCUGACUUCCGCCUUUACUAAAAUCCACGAUAUGAAGACGAGGAAGGGAAUCGCACUGGCCGACAUACUCACCGAGGUUCACAAAAGUAUGGAGAAGAUAGACUUUCCCCCCACCGUGAGAAUUUUCCUGCUAAAAGAAAUGGCCGAGAUUGAGUAUCGACUCUCGAUCGGAACCAGUGAGAAAUUGCAACUUGGUGCACUCGUCGGACUAUUUUAUGAAGCUAGAAACAAAGUCGAGGCACACGCCACGGAAUAAAUUUAAUCAGACAAAUUGUAUGAAUUACUUUUCAGUAUGUUUUUAUUUCCAUUUUUUUCUAAGUACAGAUAUUCCUGACUUUUUAACCAGUUAUUGUCAUCUGAUGUCUAGUACACACUGAGGAUGAGUUUUUCCAAGUCUUAUACGUACGUAAUUACUACUUUGUAAUCUGAUUAUACAGAUUCGCCAUUCUUGAAUAAAUAAAUACUUUCAUUCUUCUUC